AACGGUUGUUGAUGCUUCAUUUUCAAUAGAGUGGAGCGAUGAUGAAUGUGAGCUUAUCCUUUUGUCAGCCAUCAACACUCUGCACAAGUAAAAGACAAUCACUUCCCUCCACCUCCACCCCCAUUUUAUUUAGCUUCUCUCAUUCUCAUAAGAAACGUCGGCGUUUUGUGACUUGUGCUUCUUCCUCAGAGCUUCCGCUUCUCCCUUUCCCUAUUGACCAGGUAUUAGUUCCUUCAGAGACAAAGACAUUACAUUUGUAUGAAGCAAGAUAUUUGGCACUCUUAGAGGAGUCUCUUUUUAAGAAGAACAAGUUCUUUGUGCACUUUGUUCUAGAUCCUAUAGCCAUCAAUGAUACAUCAGGAGAAGCAUCUUUUGCUGCCAGAUAUGGUUGCUUGGUUGCAAUAGAAAAAGUUGAGCAAUUGGAGAUUGGUGCAUUGGUAUCUAUUAGGGGUAUAGGCCGUGUCAAAAUUCUGAAAUUUCAACAGGCAGAACCGUACUUGACAGGUGUAGUCAUACCAUUGCUGGACAACAUUCCACACAGUGAUACAGAACUAAGUUCCAAAGUCUUGAAGAUAAAAGAAGCUCUCCGUAGUUUGAAUAGCUUGGAAAUAAAGCUGAAGGCUCCUCAGGAAGCUUUGUUGCAAACUUUAACUGCAAACUCUUUGAGAUGGUCUGAGAAUACACCUGCUCUGGAUUGUGACAACAGCUUCAUUCCACCUCUCGCUGAGCUUGUAUCCUUUUCAGCACUUCAACCUGUUUCUGGAUCCUCUGAGUCAGAACUGCUGAAGCUGCAAAAGAAGAAGUUGAGGGCAAUGGACAUCAAGGACACCCUAGACAGACUUGAAGAUUCCAUUGGAUACGUGCAAGAUAAUAUUUCCUUGGUAGCAGCCAAGCUUGCAAUCCAAUCUUUAGAUUCCCGGUUAUGAACGAAUUCCUGAACAGGUUUCUAUCUCUGGAACAUGAAAUUUUGAAUGAAAUGCUGAACUAGGUUCGUGUUGUUUAGCUCAUUAAAUUUGGUUGAAUGAAGAGAUGAUGUAUAGAAAUCAUGACAUGGUGACAUGUAUAUUUGUUUGGCAAAAGAUCUUGUAUAUAUUUGUUGGCAAAGGAUGCUGAAAACUGAAGAAAAAAAUGUUUGGCAGGAGAGGUUACAGCUCA